CCACCCGGAAAUCAUCAUUGGUUCCGAAGUGUUCCAUUUGUUAGAAAAAUUUGGUCUCUGCUGCACAGUCAUUCGAAGGAUUUCAAUGUAAGAAACGGUCCGGUUUUGGGCGUGUACCAGGCAUGUAUUGCGAUGGGUAUAGCGCAUUGCGGAACUUGA